UCACAAGACUACAAUCUUUAGUCCAAAGGAGUGACUUGCAGCCAUUUUCCUCACAUACUUUAGUAUAUCUGACAUUUUGCUUGUUGUUGCCCCGUUGACUGUAAGCAGUCGGUGCUCUGUCUUCAUUUAAUAAUGGAGAUCUGCUGUUUUCCAUGACUUUUUCUCCGCUUGCAAAGACCGCUUCGCAAACUUUUCUCUUAUUACCUCCUCGAGAAGACGGACCGUUUCUUUUUUUGUUUUUGAUUGUUGCUAAACAUUUGCACACUACGAUGCACACUGUUGUUGGAAAGCCACAUUUUAGAAAUGCCAUUUAGGAACUUUGUGACACUGAUGUCAGCUUUACAUCUUUAUUUACAUUUUAUUGAACAUCACAGUACAUGGAACGCAUUUACUGAAUUCACUGAAUACAUUGUGACAUCGUUUCAUGACUCAGUCACAACAUUAACAGAAUAACACGAAGCAACUACACUUAUUAGUAAAUCAUAACCUUUUUUUUAAAUUGAGUUAAUAUGUAAGGAUGAAAUAACUAAAUGCAUUCAUAUACAUUAUGGCCUCUGUGCCAUUAUUCUACAGAUAACAGUAAAAAAUGCGAAAUGUUAAGGUCAUUAAUAUGUUAACAGCCAAGUUAGGUCCUUAAUGUUAAAUACAGAUACAUCAGGCAAAACCAGCAGCUCUCCUUUUUAGGUCAUCUGACUGACAGCAGGUCUCUUGCUCGUAAACGUGUAGCACUUGUGUGCUUUCCAGUAUAUUUAAGAUAUAGUGAAAUAAUAGCAAAUCCUUAAGGUGGUCCCAUAUUUAUGUAUCCAUAUAGGCUUCAUCAGUGAUUGGGUUCAACCACAGGAGGUCUAGAUGGGGCCAGUUAGUCACGUUUUUAGACUUAUUUAGAGCUGUCUGAAUGCACAGUAUUUAAACCAGGUGCUUCAAAGUAUUUAAAAAUAAUAAUACACUAUUUGCUAUGUAGGUGAAGUACACGCGCUUUGAAAGUGCUGUAGCUCCCCCAAGUGGCAGUUCAGCGGUACUUCAGCUCCUCUGUCUUACGUCGAACCAGUGUCUCCUAAUGUACUACUGUAACUACAGUACUACUGUCACUGGAGUACUACUCUUACAGUAGUACUUAUACUUCUGAGAAUGGUGACAAUCAAAAUACGUUCUCGUCCCUGGUCAGAAUUAACGGAGUUCACUAACUUGUUUAAACUGGCUCCCCCUCACAGUUAUUACUUGUUAAAAAAUAUCCAACGAGGCCUUCAGAUGUUUAUUAUUUCAAAACUUUGUUGCAAUAGUUUCUCCGAGGAAGACUUUAAGGAAAUAAUUUGAACAGUAGCUAUGGUGAAGAUGGUUCUAACUUACUAUAUUACAUAUUUAACUAUUUAAAAAUGUUACCCUCAAAUAUGUAAUAUAUUAGUUAGAUUUUUUUUCUCAAUUUACCUACUAAUCUCAAAGACACCAAUGCUCUCGGGCACUAAACCGACAGGCUUUAAAUGCAGCUGUAGUCUAAAGCAGACGGCUCUCAAUGCGAGGUGCGCAUCUCCAUAAUGGCGCACAUUGCUCUGUCCAUUCUUGUAGUCUGACGUCAUGCUGUAGGUCUGUGUGAGAAUACUUUGGGUUGCAUACUAGAGAACCACUGGACUACAGGCGCAGUGUAGCUGUAUGCGGUUGUUGGUGCUCUUGUGUUGUGCACAGGCCGUGUUGAGGUAUAAUGUCAUAAUUCAAUCCUGUCAAAGUACCUGAUCUACAUGUGCAUGGCUUUAGGUGUUAACAUCGAUCUAUUAGCCCUCCAAAAAAACAUGCAGAUGUCCCGUAUGUUUAACUCCUUGUAUUGGCGCGCUCCAGCGUGGAUGCCUGGGUGCGCGCACGCUGCUUCACAAUAGCGUCAUGUGUUUUACGCGGGCGACGUCACCGCUGCCGUCCUUAAUGUGUGCUUCCGGUGUUAUGGCCGCUCGCAGAGAAGGGUGACAGCAAUGUGGGAUAUGUGGGGGGGGGAAAUGAGCGCGGGUGUUUAGGCAGGUGUGUGUUUUAGGAUGGCGGUGACGCAGCUGUUUCGGCUGGUUAUCUGUCGGCCGGCAGCUCGUGCGACACUUCGCGCGCACAGGAGGUACAGCAAGGUGUGCACAGCUUCAUCUGAGCGUCUGCGACUCUUUGAGUCCCUCAGGGAUAAACGAGGCAACGAGAGGAGAGCUGAAGCUUCCGAAUCUCGGCUCAGUAUCCGGCUGGCUGACGGCCGGACAGUAAAGGGAACAGCUGGUGUCACCACGCCUCUCUUUGUUGCUCAGAGUGUCCGUGUGAAAGGAGCGCUGGUCAGUAAGGUGAAUGGGGAGCUGUGGGAGCUUGGACGGCCUCUAGAGGCAGACUGCGAACUACAACUUCUGGGGUUUGACACAGAUGAGGGCAGACAGGCAGCAUGGAGGACCGGAGCGUGCAUCCUGGGUGGAGUGUUGGAGAAGACAUUUGGCGCCGAGGUUUGCAGAGAAGGAGCGUCGGAGCUCGGGCUUUACUGUGACCAUCUACUACAUAACAGUGCCUUGUCUCUGAGUGACGUGGAGGAGAGAUGUAAACAGGCUGCAGCCCUCAAGCUUCCUCUGUCCAGACUGGAGCUGAAUACAGAAGAGGUCCGAGAGCUCUUCCAGAACAACAAGCUGAGACUGCAGCUCGUUGAGGAGCAGAUGAACGGCCCCUCCGUCACAGUGUACAGGUGUGGAGACAGCAUAGGGGUCUGCGACGGCCCCCUCCUCCCACACACUGGCUUCCUCAAGGUCUUCAAGACGCUCCAGCUGUCGCCCGUGACCUUGGCCAAUCAGACGGAGUCGUCGGGUUUGAUGCGUCUUCUGGGUGUGGCCUUUCCAGGAGAGAAGGACAAAGAGGAGUGGGAGAGGGAGCAGGAGGAGGCGAGGAGGAGGGACCACAGACGCAUCGGGACAGACCAGGAGCUCUUCUUCUUUAAUGACGUGAGUCCAGGAAGCUGCUUUUUCCUGCCUAAAGGAGCCUACAUCUACAACAGCCUCACCGACUUCAUUAAGGGUGAGUACCGAAGGCGAGGAUUCAACGAGGUCGUGACCCCGACUUUGUACAGCACUGCAUUAUGGGAGCGCUCGGGUCACUGGGAGCACUACAGCGAGAACAUGUUCACUGUGACAUCGGAGGGCUCUCAGACCUACGCUCUCAAACCCAUGAACUGUCCUGCACACUGUCUUAUGUUCGAGCAGCGUGUCCGCUCGUGGAGAGAGCUUCCUCUGCGAUGGGCCGACUUCGGGGCGCUGCAUCGCAAUGAGCUCUCCGGAGCGCUGGGAGGUCUCACUCGCGUUCGAAGGUUCUGCCAGGACGACGCUCACAUCUUUUGCACACCUGAGCAGCUGGAAGAAGAGAUUGUGGCAUGUUUGGACUUUGUGAGGAGUGUGUAUCAAGUGUUUGGGUUUUCCUUCCACUGCCUCCUGUCUACACGUCCUGAGCCGUGCCUCGGGGAGCCUGAACAGUGGGUUAAUGCUGAGCAGCAGUUGGAGAGGAGUCUGCAGCACUUUGGUGAACGUUGGGAGUUGAAUCCAGGAGACGGCGCCUUCUACGGACCAAAGAUUGACAUUCUGAUCAAAGAUGCUAUUGGCAGACAACACCAGUGUGCCACGAUCCAGUUGGACUUCCAGCUGCCGAUCCGCUUUGACCUUCAAUAUGUCGGUGCGGACGGACAGUCGCGCAGGCCGGUGAUGAUCCACAGAGCAGUGCUGGGAUCACUGGAGAGGAUGAUCGCUAUACUGGCUGAAAACUUUGGAGGGAAAUGGCCGCUGUGGCUAUCGCCAGCGCAAGUCAUGGUAAUUCCUGUGGGGGGCAACAGUGAGUCAUACAGCAAACAGGUGGUCCAGCAGUUCUGUGAAGCUGGCUUCAUGGCGGAAUUGAAUGAUGAUCAGGGAGCAACCUUAAAUAAGAAGAUUCGCUCUGCUCAGCUCGCCCAGUACAACUACAUAUUUGUGGUGGGGGACAAGGAGAGCGAGAGUGGAACAGUGAAUGUCCGGUGCAGAGGAGGUAAGCAGCUGGGGAGAAGGCCGACAGAGGAGGUGCUGACAUCCCUCACACGGCUACGAGACACCAGGAGCAACUUAGAAGAGUUCUGAUGAAAAACGUGUUUGUUUUACAUGUUCAAGCUGUUAUACCGUGGCUUUGUCUCAAGAGAUGGCUGCUAAAAUUUGUAAUAAAAGUAUAUCAAAGAUU